GCUUCGGAAAGUCAGACGAUCUUUGCCAACCCCGACUCAACGACAACAUCAUUAUCCAAGAUGGCAGCACAGUGCAUCAACAGUAAAGAGUAACAGUGAAAUCUCUCAUAAUUUAUUAUGUAUUAGCACUUCUGUUUUGUUUUUGUGAAAUUAAAUAAGUGGUAUAUGUUGUGCUGCCCAACGUCUAACUUUGAACAUGGUGCUAUGGUGUUUGUAAGAGUAAAAUACUGUGUUGUGCGUUGUUUACAACUGGUAUCGCUAACAACAACUAACAACUGUUGACAACAACUAACAACAGCAAACAACAACUGACAACAGCUAAUGACAGCUGACAACUGUAAACAACAGCUAACAAUGGGUAACUGGGGGCUUCCAUCUUGGUUUUCUGACUUGUUCACUUGAACGCUGUCAACUCGGGUGUAGCGUCAUUCCCUGCCCCUAUAUUUGACUUCUGAGGUAACUGGAUUACAGCAUUAGGUCACAUGAUACGACUUGAGAGUGUAUAGAAUAGCAUGAGAUUAGCAAAAUCUGCUUUGUCCACAGGGGGCGCCAAAAUUGACCCAAACCAAGAGCUUCUCAUGAGAGCUUUAAUCGUCUGAGAAAUAACCUGAAUAGUUUUUUUUUUUUUUCAAUAAUGAUUUAUCCAAUCCAAAAAUAAAUUAUGCUUAAAAUCUUUAUUCAUAAACAUUCAGAUUUGAGUGUUUUUGAAGGUAAAAGACACAACUUGUUCGCAUAUGCUCUCAGUUCUGAUUUGAUAUGUUAAAAAUCCUUUGAAUGGACUCUUUGUGAAGAGGGAAAACAUGCUCAAAUUGUCCUAUUAAAUUUAGUAGUAGGACUGAGAAAAUUAAGACAAUCUCUUGCUUUAUAACCUCGUAAAAUUUCAGAUUAAACUGCUUGACAUGGGCCUGUACACUUGUUGAAUUCUUCAGUAGGCUGUGUGUGUUAUAGGGGUCAGUGUUUACAAAAAAAAAAAAAAAAGGAAAAAAAAAAUAGUUGUUUGGCGAGAGAAGGAAGGAAGAAAGAAGCAAAAUACUCCCAUUUCGUGAAAAGACCCAAAAAGAUUUCAAAGUGCGCAGCUGCUAGCUUAACUUUUAGCAUAUGUCCCAACUUCACCUCCGCAGCCGUUUCCCCCUGAAACUCGAUAUUUAACCGUAAUACGCCUAAUAAACUCGCUUUGGGAGAAGUUGAGAGGAAACUACAGCAGACUUUGGAAACUUGACGCACACACCCUCUGUCUGUCUGUCUCUGUGUGUGUCUGUGUGAGAGGUGCCACAUCGAAACGGAAUAUAAACAGCGGAAAAAUGAGCAUCAUGUUGCUGAUCCUGCUGCACUCUCUGGUCCUGGUAUCUGCUGCUCCUCAACGGUGUGACCCACGAGUUAGAGGUAAAAAAUUUUCAUGUAGUUUCAUGUCAUAAAAAGCUUUUUUUCCCUUCUUUUUAAUCAGAUGUGCAUGAAGUAUUGCUGUAUGACCUACUCAUUGCAUCUUUUUAUGAUCCCAAUGUGCAGUUUUCACUCUAAAAAGCUGACUCUUUUAGCCGUAAAACUUAGAAAUUGGUCAUAUAUGCCUUUUUAACACUUAAAAGCUAAUAGAAACAUGACUAAACGGUGGCCCACAGCUUGUCAAGUGCAUGUGAUAUAUAAGUAGUAAGCAUAUUUUUGAUUUAACUACCUAUCUUUAUGAGCCUAUAAAUUAAAAUACAAGCUGCAGGGAUUUAUUGAUACUUUAGAGGCAUUUCAGAAAGCUGUUGAAGCCACACUAGAGGUUUAACAAAUACAGUUUUUUUCUAGGCCACAUCAAGGCUUUUACAGAAACCACUCCUGCCAUCUAGUGUCUGCCACAGUGUCAGCUAAUGACAAUCUGCUGAUGUGUCUUACAGGACUGUGCAAGCCAACAGUGGAAGAAAAACGUAAGUACCCUUUGGGCUUGGACUAAGAGAGGGCUGUGUCCUGUAUCAGCAUGUUAGGGCAGAUCAUCUCCUCUCUUUUCAUUAAUAACAGCUUUAAUUUCAACCUUUAAUCCUCAAACCACUCUGCUUUUACCCCCCCCACCUCUAAAUCUUUAGUUUUGUCGAAUUAGGUCCCUGUGGAUUUGGAUUGAGUCUGUGUUUUGACAACAAAAAGGAUGAGAUCAUACAAAGUCACACAGGGCGUACUCUUAAUGGAAUCUGAGCUAACAGCAAUAAGACCCUUUUGUGUAAUUUUAGAUGAUCAAUGACGCCAUGAAAUAUUCAGAUUCUAAUUUCCAGGGAUAAUAGAAAUAUUUGGGGCUCUAAUUAGGGUGUGAUGGAUGUCUUGACCCUUCAAAAUAAGACGGAUCAAGUCAGAUAUCUAAUGAGUGAUCCUUCAAUUUGUGUUUCCUCCUCCUCCUCCUCCUCCUCAGCCAAAUGCACAGAUGUGUUGCUCUCCUACUGCCAUGACAUGCCCUACACUCAGACCAUGUUCCCAAACACCCUCGGACACAAGACCCUCCAGGAUGCCGAGGCCGGGGCUGAGUACCUCCUCAUGAGCGUGGUGGAGUCUCUUCUCGGAGGAGAGUGCAACCCUGAGAUCCGCAUGCUGGGCUGCUCCGUGUUGACCCCUCGCUGCGAGAAAGCAAAGGUGAUGAAGCCGUGUCGGGCCUCCUGCGAGAUGGUGCGUAAAAAGUGCAGCCAUGCUUUUGAGGCGAUAGAGAUGGCCUGGCCUUACUUCCUGGACUGUGAUCGCUUCUUUGUCAGCGAAGAAGAGGGAUGUUAUGACCCACUGGAGGACCUUGCAGGUGAGAGUUUGGCCACUGUCAUAUAUCCUGCAACCUUAAGUCAGAUAUAACCCAAUCUUUUAUAAAGUUUCUGAGCGUUUUCAGCAGACAUCUGGUUCCCUGAAUUCAAAGUGAAGGUAGGACCUCUGGCUAUUUUCCAUGUGUUUUAUUAACACCCCAUCCUUGUAGUGAACCAUAAAAAGGCAAACAUUGUCUAACAGCAUAAAAAAAAGUUGUGAAUUCUUUCGGAUGUUGGAUUUUUUAAAGUUAGGCUAAAAAAAGACACCGCUGCCAUGUGUGAGCCAUAUGAGAGGAUGAUCUGUAAGAAUCUGCACAUCAGAGGGAACUGAUCUGAGCUUUCACGCAUGAAAUUCAGGCAUUAGUUUGAAGUAAAAUGUGAACACGGACAUGAAGGUCUUAAAGUAAACCCAUGAAAAGAAUUACCCAAACUCCUUUAUCACUGUGUUGGACUUGAUUGCAGUGCAAAUUCCUGCUAUGUGGAAUUUGGUUCAGAUGUUUGGCAGCAGGUUGACCUGUGUAGUUAUUCCCAUCUUCAUAUUAUAUUAAUCGAAAACGGAUGUUCUGGUUUUCAUAUCAUGUGACUGCAUGGUGUGUGCACAAUCUGGGAGGAUACGCUACACGAAUACUUAUGUAAUCACCGCCUAACUUAUUUGAAUGUCUAUACUUAGCAUGAGGAAGGGUUAGAGGUUAGCUUUACAGGUUUAGAAGUAAAGAAAAAGGCAGUCAGCAGCGUUUUAGAUGCAGAAAGAGAGAGAUAGACAUAACAACAAUAGUACAUGGAUUAAAUAGUACAUGGUGAGUCUGAUGCGUGCAGUAGAAGCAGCUGGAAAGCAGGCAGCAAAACAUCUGCAGCAGGGAUCCAGAGGAACCAAACGAUAAGAGAGAUCAGGGACUACCAGAAAAAACUGGGAUUAGUGAUCUUAAGAGGACAUAAUGAUUCAAAGUUGAUGACACAAGACAAAAGGAGGACAGAGAGAAAGGUGCUCAAUGUGCCAGUUGCCCCGGAAGUCUAAGCCUGAACCAGACCUAUGUACAGGCCCAUAUCCUCAUGAAUAAAGACGACCUUUUUCAAUCUCAUCUCAAAUGUGUUUUACUUUACAGCACAGCAGGAUGAAGAGGACUAUUACAGUAUGGACAUGCUUCCCCCUGAGGAUCCGGCAACAACGAUUAAGUUCACCUAUCACUCCAACGCUCAGAUGAACGAUAUCCUGAAGAAAGUGGAAGAACGAUGCCCUAAUAUAUCAAAAACCUACAGCAUAGGGCGCAGCAUGGAGGGCCGAGAGCUGCUCGUGAUCGAGUUCUCGAACAAUCCCGGAGAACAUGAGCUGCGUAAGUCAAAAGUGUAUGAUUGUGAGCAAAACAUGAAAGUAGGUUCGGAUUUUCAAGAGGACAGAAAGCACAGCAGAGAGGAGACAGAAGUGUGAUUCCAACAUGUAUAUCAGAAAUAUAAUAGGACCUAGAUAUGAACCCUGUGGUACACCGUGGGUCUGGUCUGCGAUGACUUUAGAUGCUGUUUUUUUGAUCCCCCACAGUUGAGCCUGAGAUGAAGUAUAUCGGCAACAUGCAUGGAAACGAAGUCAUGGGCCGUCAGCUGCUGAUCUACUUAGCUCAGUAUCUCUGCUCAGAGUAUCUGCUGGGGAGUGAACGCAUCCAAACCCUUAUCAACACCACCCGCAUCCACAUCCUGCCCUCCAUGAAUCCUGACGGUUACGAGCUGGCGGUGAGCGGGGUCCAGGGCGCUAAUGAGGAUGAUGAAGAUGGGGUCAGUGUCCACAGUUACUUAAACUGUAAAAAUAAAUGUAAAAUAUCUCGUAAUAGAUGGCGUCAUUAAAAUAUUGUACAAAAGUCAUGUUUAUGAUUUCCACAGAGUCACACUUAUGAUAUGUGGAAUAUCGGCAGAAACAACGCUCAGAACAUCGACCUGAACAGGAACUUUCCUGACCUCACAUCCAUCGUUUACAGCCGACGCAGACAAAAGGGCUACCGCACCGACCACAUCCCAAUCCCAGACUUUUACUGGUUUGGUAAGGUACAGGAUCAGUCCUUAUCUGUAUCUGCAGUGUUAGCGUUAAACAAAAUGAGCUUCAUUUUUAUCACCUCUGACUAAAUUAACCUGAUGUUCCAGUUUUAAGUGUUGAUGCUAAACGCAGGUGGCACCUGAGACCUACGCUGUCAUGAAAUGGAUUCGCUCCAUCCCAUUUGUCCUCUCUGCGAACUUCCACGGUGGAGACCUGGUGGUGUCUUACCCCUAUGACCUGUCCAAACACCCAUUUGAGCGCAACAUGUUCUCUCCAACACCAGAUGAACAGGUGAGACGGCUGAAUUUGGAGUUAAAGAAAACCAAAAUUCUUUAAGGUGAUGUAUAACCUUAAGGCUUUUAUUUUGUAGGUAUUCAAGCUCCUGUCAAAGACCUAUUCUCUUACCCAUGAGAGGAUGUCCAAUGAAAACGCUCGAUGUGGCUCUUCUAGUAGUAUCAGCCAGAGAGGGACUGUAAAUGGAGCUCAGUGGUCGAGCUUUGCAGGAGGUGAGCCACAAAAGUGAAAGUUAUUUUAAGUAGGAGCCACUACAGGUCAGUGUUGGAUCAGCUAUUGUGAGAUAAGAACGUAUGGGGUAAAGUCAGCUCAUCUUUUCAUGGAAUUCUGGGUAAAGCAGUUUUCUUUUUCUCCCGGCUCAGGAAUGCAAGACUUCAACUAUCUCCACACCAACUGCUUUGAAGUGACAGUGGAGCUGGGCUGUGAUAAAUUUCCCCCUGAAGAAGAUUUAUUCAUCGGCUGGCAUGAAAAUCUCGAGGCUUUACUCUCGUUUAUUGAAGCAGUAAGAGCAGGACUGAGGUUCAGUUUACUCAUAACUCAAAGAUUUCGCUUUUAAAGUGAAAUCUUUGAGCAAGGGUUACUUCUGCGUCUGAUUUGAUACAUGUAAAUGUGGUUUGUGUUGUUCCCUAGGCCCAUCGAGGUAUCAAAGGUAUCGUAAAAGAUGAGGAGGGGAACCCAAUCAAAAGCGCUCGAAUAUCAGUCCGAGGAAUCCAACAUGACGUCACCACAGGUAACCAACAGAUCACAUUACUUAUGUAAUCAACUCAUUAAUGGCCUCUGGGGUUUUCUGUAUUUACACAAGCUCAGGUCACUCUGUCGAUUCAAAGCUCUCCCGGGAUUCUUAGUCCAUGCACAACAACAACCUGUUUGACUCAUAUCAGUCUGGCUGAAACUGCUCAUCUCUGCUCCCACUUAACUUUGGAGAUCUGUUAGAGUAUCAUGGAGAUGUGAAGUGGCUAAACCACAUUGCUUAAAGAAAAGGAGUCCCUCAAGGGCCUGUGCUUGGUCCCCUCAUUUCUUUAUUUACACCAUCUCACUCGAUUUCAAUGGUUUGGAGAAAACCACAUUAAAUUGGUCUGUUGAUGUGUUUUAGAUAGACUGGAUGAAACUUACAUCUGUAUCAUCCUGACUGGCGUAGUAUUAAGAAGGACUCUCGACCCUCCAGUCUGGAGUACCAAUAGUUCUGCCUCUCUUUCCCUGUCCAGCUGAAAACGGGGAGUACUGGCGCCUCCUCAUCCCUGGCAUCCACAUCGUCUCUGCCACAGCCCCCGGCUACGCCCGAUACUCGAAGAGGAUCCACCUCCCGUCUCGUAUGACUACAGCGGGUCGCGUGGACUUUGUACUGCAGAAAGCUCCUGAAGAGUCUGAAAUCCUGGAGGAAGACAACACCAUCCCCUCUAUGGGCAGCUAUGACCGCUUUGACCCCUUCAACCAGUACGAGCGCUACACCCUGAUGGCUGACAUGAGCGUGACCCAAGAAGAGAGGUUGGAGAAGCCAUGGUGGUGGAGCUACUUUGUGCUGCCGGGAGAACCUUCCCCAACAUGGCUGCUCAGACGGAUCUAGAGCUUUAGUAACUGCUGUUACACUAUACACAUAUUGGGGGCUUUAAUGUAAUAAAUCUGCUGCUUUUAUUGGUGAGAAACUGCAAAGAGAUUCAAGCUAGCUGGCUGGCGUUCUUGUGGGCUUUUUUUGCUUUUACAUACAGCACGUGUGUUCUGUUUUCACAACUCCAGUCUUAAUAUCACAACAUAUACACCCUGAAAUCACAGCAAGUAUAAUAAAAGUUUGAAUCUAUUUUGAUCUAUUAAAA